GGUGACGUCACAGGCGCUUGUCCGCUGUUGACUUGAAACAAAAACAGGAGAGGGGAGUUGGAGUGUGAGGCUGUUUUCUGACUGGGCAGCUUUCAGGUGACAAAUGACUGAAGUUAAGUGAAACCGAAGAAGGUGGCAGUAACAAUAUGAAGUUGUAUGUAUUUCUGGUUAACACUGGAACUACCCUUACAUUUGACACAGAACUUGCUGUACAAACUGUUGCAGAUCUUAAACAUGCCAUCCAAGCUAAGUAUAAGAUCGCGACUCAACAUCAAGUGUUGGUUGUCAAUGGAGGAGAGUGCAUGGUUGCCGACAGACGUGUUUGUAGCUACAGUGCUGGGACGGAUACAAAUCCCAUAUUUCUUUAUAACAAAGAGAUGAUUCUGUGUGACCGUGCACCAACUAUACCUAGGACAACGUUUUCUGCAGAAAAUGAGAUGGGGCUAAAGGUAGAGGAGUCCCUUAUGAUGCCAGCUGUAUUUCACACAGUAGCCUCGAGAACUCAACUUGCUGUGGAGAUGUACGAAGUAGCAAAGAAGCUUUGUUCAUUCUGUGAAAGAUUGGUCCAUGAUGAACAUCUUCAGCAUCAAGGUUGGGCUGCCAUUAUGGCCAAUUUGGAGGACUGCACCCAUUCUUUUCAAAAGUUGCUGGCAAAAUUUGAAAGCGCAUACAGCAAUUAUGAACAUUCUGUGGAAGAUAUUAAGCAAAAGCUUACAAACCUAGGCACUGCAGUCUCUGUAAUGGCCAAGAUACCACUGUUGGAGUGUCUAACGAGGCACAGUUACAAAGAAUGUCAAGAAAGACUGAAAUUACCAACACAGAAUGGAAGCACAGAAGAAGAAACCGAGGAUGUGAAGUCUACCAGUUCAGUACUUUGUUCUGCCAAACCUACAGUUAACAGAAAUUCGCCUUCUAGUUCUCCAUCUUUUGGACGUUCUGCACAGAAUAGUGUUAUCCAGCAGGAAGGAAAACACACUGAGACCAUUGAGGACAGGUUACAGAAAACAGUAGCAGAAGAUGACAUCAAAGUAGAUGACCAAGCUUUUUUCAAUGUUUCCUUGUUGGAUUGGGUUAAUGUACAAGAUAGACCAAAUGAUGUGGAGUCACUGGUCAGAAAAUGCUUUGAUUCAAUGAACCGACUUGAUCCAGAAAUUCUUCAGCCAUUUUUGGCAGAGUGUCAUGAAACAGUUGCCAAACUUGAUAAUCAGAAUAUGAAGGCAAUUAAGGGACUUGAGGACAGACUGUAUGCCCUGGAUCAAAUGAUAGCCAGCUGUAACAGACUGGUGAAUGAACAAAAAGAAUUAGCUCAGGGAUUUUUAGCAAAUCAGCAGAGGGCUGAAAACCUGAAAGACCCCUCUGUUCUUCCUGACUUAUGUCUGAGUCAUGCAAAUCAGUUAAUGAUUAUGUUAACAAACCACAAGAAACUGCUGGAUAUUAAACAGAAAUGCACCACUGCUAAGCAGGAACUUGCAAAUAACUUACAAGUCAGAUUGAAGUGGUGUUGUUAUGUGAUGCUUCAUGCGGAUCAGAAUGGUGAAAAACUCCAGGCUUUGCUAAAGCUUCUGACAGAACUGCAGGAGAGAAUACGAAUUGUUGAGGCACUUAGCACUGUUCCUCAAAUGUACUGCCUUGCUGUUGUUGAGGUAGUAAGGCGGAAAAUGUUCACUAAACAUUAUAGAGAGUGGGCUAGUGCUCUCGUAAAAGAAGGAAAACAAUUCUAUGAAGCGGAGAGGGUGAAAAGGGAAUCCUUUGGCAAACUGUUCCGAAGAUCGUUUCUUAGAAAUCGCUUGUUUAAGGGGCUCGACUCAUGGCCACCAUCAUCCUUUUGUACAUACAAGCCCCGAAAGUUUGACUUUGAACUUCCGGAUGUAUCCUUAACUGACUUACAAUUUCUGCAGUCUUGCUGCCCUUCAGAAGUUCAGCCUUUCCUCAGGAUUCCUACUCUGUGUGACUUUGAACCAUUGCAUCAGCAUCUUCAAAUCCUGUGUAAUUUAGUCAAAGCUGCUCAGAGUUGGGAUGAAAUGUCCCAAACCAUCACAGACUUGUUGACUGAGCAAAAGGUGUCCUUGGAUCAACCCUCGAUAACAACACCAACAAAAUACAGGCUGGAAAGCACAACCAGAACUAAAACUAACUCUUCAAGAUCCACAUCUACACUUAGCCUUCAGGGACCAAUCUGUCCAUCUGCCAAUGUUCCUGCCUCAUUAGAAGAGCUGUCCCCUGAUAGUAUUGAUGCCCAUACAUUUGAUUUUGAAACCAUUCCUCAUCCAAAUUUAGAACAAGUUCUCAAACAAGGAUCUAUUGAUAUGGACUCAUUGGCAGAAAGUCCAGAGUCUGAUUUUGUGUCUGCUGUAAAUGAAUUUAUGAUUGAGGAGAGCUCAACUUCACCCAACUUGAACAGUGACCCACAAAGUCCUGAAAUGAUGCUUGAAUCAUUGUAUUCUUCAGUUAUUAAUGCCAUUGAUAAUAGACGUAUGCAAGAUACAACUUUUUGUGAAAAUGAGGAUUCUAAAGAAGUUGCAACUCUUAAAGUGCAUUUAGAAAAAUACAGGGUUAUCACUGAGAUGUCUCAGUUGCAUUUUAUAAACAUUAAAAAAGAUCUUAAUCAUUUCAGAGAACUUGUGCAGAAAGAACAGUGUGCUAUUAGUAGUUCUAUGAAAAAUGUAAGUGAAGAAUUAAGAAACAUAAUUGAAACUGUAAAAUGUAGAGUUGAAUUGGGAGCAAAGGAAAGUUACCAACAAAAAUUGGAGAUUUUAAGAAAGGAUUAUGAAGAUCAAAUGGACAAAUUGAAUGUUGAAUUAGUGACAACUCAGCAAAAUGUAGAUCAGCUGAAAAAAGAUUUGUUGGAACUUGAAAAUUACAUAAAACAGAAGGAUCGUGAGUUUGCUGAGGCAAGAACUGAAAAUGAAGCUCUCUUGUGUUUACAAAUCAGUAAAGAUAAAGACAUACAUGACUUGGUGGAAGAUAGAAAAAAGAAGGAGACUGAAAUCCAAGAACUGAAACAAUUGAAAGAGAGUUUGUUAGAGGAAUUAAACAGACUUAAUAUAAAAGUUGAACAUGAAAUGAAAUGCUUAAGGGAAGAGCUUCAGAUUCUCGAACAAAGUCAUCUGAAGGACCUUGAAGAUAACUUGAAAGUCAGGCAUCAGCAAGAAUUGAAAAAGUUAAUGACUGAUCAUAGUAAUCAGCAAGAACAAAUCUCAAAGGAAAAUGAAGCCAGGUUAGAUCGCAUGCAGCAGUCUCUUACAAUGAAGCUUCAGGACCGAGAACAAGAACUGAAUGAACAUAAAUUGAAAGUAUCUGAACUUUCUGACUUUAGGUGCAAUUUGGAAGCUAAAUUGGCUUUGAAGGAAGUGGAAACUGAGGAAUUAAAACAGCGCUUGAAAGAGAUUCAAGUCCAACAAGAAGAGAUUGCAAACUGUCAAGUUAUGAAAGAAACUGAGAAAUAUAGGGAAGAGAUAACUGACUUGAAACACCAACUACAGCUAAAGAAUGAGGAAUACAAGGUAGGCCUUGCAGAAGAAAGAAUACUAAUAACCACAGAGAAAGAUCAGUGUAUUUCUGAUCUGUUAGACAGGCAAGAACAGGAGAAGGCCUUACUUAAAGCAGAACUAGAUAAAUUGGAUGUAAUGAGACAGCAAGCACUUGAUGUGGAGAUAGCAUUAAGAGGACAAGUUGAAGAGCUCACCAGUAAACUAAAAGAAUAUUUGAAAACAAUAGAAACUGAAAGGGAGGAAAUGGUGUCUGAAAAGCAGAGAAUUGCUGUUGAAGUAGAAGCAAAAUAUAAAGCGACUAUUCACGAUCUUGAAGAGGAGAAACAACAGCUGCUCAACACGUUAAGCCAGGAAAGUGAGGACUUUGUUAGAAAUAAAAUGCAUGAAGAUUGUGAAUGCAAAAGACAAACUCUUGAGCAAGAAUUGCAAAUAAAUCAACAGGUUGAAAGUCAACUUGAAGAUCAAAGUAGAGCUGAGAGCAAGGAUCCACUUUCAUCUGCGUCAGUGAAAUGGACUCCUCCACCAAGUACUAUUGCUGACCUUACAGGAAAGUUUCAAGAAGAGAAGGCCAACUUACUAGACCAACUAGAAAAAAGGAAUGAAGAGCUUCAGAGCCUUAAAACAUCGCUGAUAGCUGAACAACAGACUAACUUCAAUACUGUCCUAACUCGAGAAAAAAUGAAGAGAGAACAAAUUAUCAAUGACUUGAAUGACAAACUGAGAAAGCUAACCCAGCAACAAGAAAAGGAUAGAGUUUUGAUAGAAACGCUUUCUGCAGAUAGAGCUACUUUACUACAAGAAAAGAAACAGCUUGAUGAGGAGCUUAACAGACUGCAAAGCAAUGUGCUGGUUUGUUCUGCCUUUGCAUCACCUGGAAAUUCUGGAGUUGAGGCUUUGGUUUCUGGGCCUGAAAUUCCAUUUGAUUCAGAAAGAUUUGCACCUGUCGCUGCAGUAGCGGAAGAAGGCAGGAUAGAAUCUGCAAUGGACACAAGCUCUAUGACUGUGCGUGAAACCAUCCAGAUGUCUGAGGAGAAACAUAGGAUUAUGAUCUUAGAAAGAACAUUACAAAUGAAAGAAGAGGAGAAUAAACGUUUAAAUCAAAGAUUGAUGUCCCAGAGCAUGUCUUCUGUAUCUUCCAGACAUUCUGACAAAAUAGCUAUUCGAGAUUUCCAAGUUGGGGAUUUAGUACUUAUUAUCUUGGAUGAACGUCAUGAUAACUACGUUCUAUUUACGGUUGGCCCAACACUCUUUUUCCUACAUUCAGAGUCACUAGGAGCACUGGAUCUUAAGCCAAUUCCAGGUUCUUCCAGGAGACCUUGGGUAUUGGGAAAAGUGAUGGAAAAAGAAUAUUGUCAAGCUAAAAAGGCUCAGAACAGAUUUAAAGUUCCUCUGGGAACAAAAUUCUACAGAGUGAAAGCUGUGCCCUGGAACAAGAAAGUCUAACAGUGAUAUGAAACAAACUGUUAUCAGCUGACCCUUUCUUUUCUGUCGCAAUUCCUUUAUAACUUGUUGGGCUACAUUUGUCAUGCAGCUUCUAAAGGUACUUGGAAAAGAAGGCGACACAAAUGUAAUUCACAUAAGUAGAAACUUGCUGAAGAAAUGCUUCACUUUUUUUGAUAUUCCCCAUUCAAAACAUUUUGAAUUCAACACUGCCCGGAUUAUAAAAUGCAUCUCGUCCCAUUCAAUGAACUGCUUUUGUUCUUACCCACAUGACUAGAAAUAUGGACCAACUACAUUAUUUUCAAAGAGCCUGUCCUCUACAUUUGUGGCAUAAUAGCCAUGUGAUUUGCCUAUUCAAAACAAAAAUCUUCGAAUACUGAGAUGUACAGUUCUCAUUACCAGCAUUUGUCGAGGAAUUUGUCACAAAGUAGUUUGAGAAAAUCGUAUUUACCAGAUGUCUUUCAUCAUUUAAAUAUUUGAGUGUUCCUAGCAUGAAAAUAUACCAUAUAAAAUUUUAUCUGAAGUUUGCUUCUAUGGAUUUUCAUUCUUGUUGUCAAUCUACAUGCAUACUGAAGUUACAUAAAAUUAUAUCGAUCUAGCUAUGUAUAGUGAAGAAUUCUUCAAAUUAAUAUGACUGGAAUUUGAAUCUGUUGCUAGAAUUGCGUUUCUGUAAAAAUGCACCAUCAAUCAUUAAUCAUCUGUAUGCACAAUGGAAGGGAAGAACUUGUGUUGUUUACAAAUAACAGUACUAAAGCUUCCCAGAAGCCUACAGCUGAAAUAAAUGUAAUAUAUUGUUUCAUCUUAGUGGCCAGUGUCCAUGUAGUUUUGAACCAAUUUUUCAUUGUAUAUUAACCAUCAUAAAAAUCUUUAUGAACAUUACUGUAUUGCACAAAUUCAAUUUUGAAACAAUAAACAAAUAUGUAAGUAUGCAUAUCAUGAAAAAUGUUUAGUUACAGUUCUGGAUUACUGGGAGAAAACUUAUUAAAAUUCAGUGUAAAUUUAAUUAUUAGAUAAAGUUGUUAACAUUGCCUUCUCGUGAAAAGCUAUUACUGUGUUCUGUAUGCAAUGUUGUCUGUUUUGAGUGCUUCCUUGGCUGUAAAAUGCUUUCAAGCAUCCAGCGGUUGUGAAUAGCAGUAUGUAAUUGCAAAAUGUAUUCUUGGUAUAUAAUUGGGAUUAAUUCUUAAUAUAGGUGUGAUUUAAAAUUUUAGCACUGUAUGUUGGCCUACUAUAAUAGCUGAAUACAGCAUAUUUGAGUGACAGAUCUAUUAGCAAUGAACUAUGUAUGCUCCCUUGACUGUGGUAAAUAAGCAGUUGGAUAGAAGCUUGGUACGAAUUAAGCAACAAGAACGGAGGGGGAAUAAAAAUUUUAAUCUUUACAGCAAUGUAUAAUCCUCUUGAAAAGCACUGGUUCCAAGGCAACUAAUAAUUAGCAAUACAUCAAAACCCAGAACCAGAAUUGAGAAUUGUUCUUCAAAUCUACUUUAAUAGGAAUUGACUAUAAUCUCUAAUCUUUAGCUCAGACUAUGAUUUUUUUUUUCCAUUCCUUUGGAAGAUUUUCCUGCAGCUAUCUAAUGCCUGAUUCAGACUGACUUGUAUGUGGUUUUCUGUCUAUUGUGGCUACUGUGGGUCAAUUUGUUACUGUUUUAACUUCAAAGCCAAUUCUGAAAGGAUGUUAUGAAGUUUGUUUUCUCACCCUCGUGAAUUCAAUUUGUAUUCAAAGCUACUACUGGAUUUUGGGCAUUAUUAUUUUGGUUGCCACCUGUUACUUAUGCAUGUGCUGACAUUAGGGCUAACUUCACAGUUGUAAUGAUAAUACAAAGCUUCAGCUGAACUUUACUUCUCCUUUAGCUUUGAUCACUUCAUUACUACUGUUUUGUCAGAUUACUCAAGUUAUGGAUGAGCUGCAAUUUCUUAGUGAAAUGUUGGGAAAAUCUAUUUCUGCAGCUUGCCACAAACAUGUUGGGGACAGGAACUGAAUUCAUGCUGUCACUGUUUUCAGGUAAAGUUCUAUUAGGCCUCAUUGAACAACUGACUGCAUAUGCUUUCUAUCACAAGAAUUACUCCUUUCAUCUCUCUCCUCAAAUUCCUCAUUCCCUGCCUUAACCUAUCUGUUUCUGAAAUAUUCACCUCUUUUAUUUGAUAAUUUGGAAUUUGAUUUUUUUCCAGUCCAGGCCUCUAGCCUCCAUAAAUCUAAGCUAAUCUAAAAUCAAUGCAAGUUCUAUCGCAUGCAUUCACCACAUGUCCCUUGCAAACUUUCAUAGGAUCCUUGUCUCUUAGUGACCACGGAAUAAUUUUCAGGGUUAAAUGUCUUUAUAGAUGUAGAGCACUCUUGGUUGAAAACUCUAGCCAUAUAAUUUGCCUUGCAGAAAUAUCCAAUUCCUGUUUGUAUGUCUUUCCCAUUCUACAGUUUACAGCUUUACCUUCAGCUUUCUCAGCUCCAUUCUGUAGUUUUUCUUUCUUAAUGCUCAUCUUUCCAUUUGUCUCUUUAAAGGAAAGUCUUAAAAGAUCU